AUGGAGCAGGGCGGCCGCCGCCGGGCCUUCGGCAGCAUCUGCCCCAACAGGGUGCAGGGGCCGCCCGCCCGCCUCGCCAAGAAGCCAGCCCGCCCCGGCGGGACCGCGACGGGGAUCCCACCGGCCGCCCUGAGCCCCCGAGCGCCCCCGCGCCGCAGCGGCGCCCCGACGGCCCCUGCCGCACCUGCCCUCGAUGCAUCCACCUCAAUGCCACCACCCCUGGAGUGCACUGACUUUGAUUUCUCACUUGGCGAGGAGGUGGCCUUUGGCCCCUGCUUCCCAAAGCUGGAGAACACCUCGCUGGUGCAGGUGCCCCCGCAGCACCUGCCAUCCCCUGAGCCGUGCUGGAGGGCUCUGGCCGACGAGCGCCAGAAAGCACUGGGAGAUGCCCUGGAGGCAAACAGCCAGCUGCAGGAGACCCUCACACAGAGGCAGGAAGAGCUGGCGACGCUGCGAGAGAGCAACGUGCAGCUGAAGGAGCUGGCGAGCCAGGCCCGGCAGCUGGCUGCUGUCCUCGAUACGCUGAUGCUCCCGCAGUGCACGGACAGGGCGGCCCUUCCGCCUCCUCUUCAUCCUCCACCUCCUCCUCCCGCCGCCCCACCGUCUGAGGGCUGGGGCGGGCGCCCGGAGCGGCGGGAGGAGGCGGCGGGCGUGGACACCAUGCUGCGGGCCAUGUCGGAGAAAUGCCGCGCUGCCCUGCGCAGCUUGGGGGGCAGCCCGGGGGGCAGCCCGGGGGGCAGCCCCACGCCCAAGCGUCCGCGGCCAUCCCCGUGCCUGCACGGCGCCUUCCGCGGGCUGCGCACGGGCCGCGCCGCUCCGCGCCCGGGCGGCGAGGGGCUGGAGGAGGGGGGCAGCCUGCGGGCGGCCCUGGGGGAGGAGGGCGGCAUCCGCACCCUGGCUUUUCCGCAAGGCAACGCCUUCACCCUCCGCACCGCUGCCGGCGGGUACCGGUUCCGCUGGGUGCCGCGCUGA